AUGGGGUCUAUCCGUGCAGGAGGAAGACAGUGUCCAGCCGAACUCGAGUGCCAGACACCACUCCCCGCCACAGUGGAUGAAAUCACUCUCGAAUGGAUUCAAGACAAGCUGAAUCCUCACAUCAAGUCAUGUACUCCCCGGGACACCAUCGUCGGAACAGCAACCAAAGUAAUACUUGAUUUAGAAUACGACGACGACAUUGAGCAUACCGACCAUCUGCCAGCUUCGAUAUGUGUCAAAGGAGGAUUCACAGCCGAUCUCCAUUCUUGGGGCACACGAAAAGCCUAUGUCCGGGAAGCGGAUUUCUUUGCCCGUCUCGCACAUGAACUGGAUAUGAUCCUCCCCGAGGCAUACUUUGCUGCCACAAAUACGACCCAAGGACAAGGCAUCGUCGUGCUCCAAGACCUCGCGGCCAACAAGUGUGUCUUUGGCGAGGUCACCGAGCCCUAUACAGUGACUCAAGUGAAAUCUGGCCUUGAGCAGCUUGCACGCCUGCACGGGACUACCUGGGCACUCAAGAGUCCGGAAACCGCGUGGCUGGAGACGGCCGAUGUCCUACGCGACGUGAUGAAAGUUUUGCUGACUGACCGGGUGUGGUAUGGCUAUCUCACUGGAGAGAACGCCUUGCCCGAAUUUCCAGAACAUAUGAAGGACUUGCAACGGAUGAAGCGGGCGUUUCAGGCUCUCUGGGAUCUCUCAGGGCCCCAGUGUGCAAUCCAUGGUGAUCCUCACGUGGGCAAUACUUUCAAGACUCCACGGGGCGACGUCGCAUUUCUCGACUUCCAGAACGUGCAAAUGGGCGCCUCGAUGCACGAUGUUGCUUAUUUUCUCACCGGGUCACUCGACAUUGAAGAGAGACGCCAGUCUGAACGUCGACUUCUUGCAAGCUAUCUCAAGGCUCUUCAUUCUGCAGGCGGACCAUGUCUCACCAUUGACGAUGUCUGGGAUGAUUAUAGAUGUCAUCAACUACACGGUUUUCUCUGGGCUUUUACUCCACCGGAAAUGCAGACACGAGAGAGAGUGAGGGCGGUCAGUCUGCGCCAUUUUGCCGCUGUCGCGGAUCAUUCCACAUUGGAGCUUUUAGAAAGUAAACGGUAG